AUGAACGACUUUGAUGAGUGCGGCCCGAGCGCAGCCAGCAUGUACCUGCCGGGCUGCGCCUACUAUGUGGCCCCGUCGGACUUCGCCAGCAAGCCGUCUUUCCUAUCGCAACCGUCGUCCUGCCAGAUGACUUUCCCCUACUCUUCCAACCUGGCGCCGCACGUCCAGCCCGUGCGCGAAGUGGCCUUCCGCGACUACGGCCUGGAGCGCGCCAAGUGGCCGUACCGCGGCGGCGGCGGCGGCGGCGGCGCGGGGGGCGGCGGCGGCGGGGGCGGCCCCGGCGGGGGCGGCAGCGGCGGCGCCGGGGGCUACGCUCCCUACUACGCGGCAGCCGCGGCGGCGGCGGCGGCGGCGGCGGCGGCUGAGGAGGCGGCCAUGCAGCGCGAGCUGCUCCCUCCCGCGGGCCGCCGGCCGGACGUGCUCUUCAAGGCGCCCGAGCCAGUGUGCGCCGCGCCCGGGCCGCCACACGGCCCCGCGGGCGCCGCCUCCAACUUCUACAGCGCUGUGGGCCGCAACGGCAUCCUGCCGCAGGGUUUCGACCAGUUCUACGAGGCUGCUCCUGGGCCCCCGUUCGCCGGGCCGCAGCCCCCUCCGCCUCCUGCGCCGCCACAGCCCGAGGGCGCUGCCGACAAGGGCGACCCCAAGACGGGGGCCGGUGGCGGCGGGGGAAGUCCCUGCGCCAAGGCGACCCCCGGCGCGGAGCCCAAGGGGGCGGCAGAAGGAGGCGGCGGCGACGGCGAGGGGCCCCCGGGGGAGGCGGGGGCUGAAAAGAGUGGCGGCACAGUGGCCCCCCAGCGGUCCCGGAAAAAGCGCUGUCCCUACACCAAGUACCAGAUCCGCGAACUGGAACGCGAGUUUUUCUUUAACGUGUACAUAAACAAAGAGAAAAGACUCCAACUCUCUCGGAUGCUCAACCUCACUGACCGGCAAGUCAAAAUCUGGUUCCAGAAUCGAAGAAUGAAAGAAAAGAAACUGAACAGAGACCGUCUGCAGUAUUUCACUGGAAACCCCUUAUUUUGAGAGCUCCAGGAAGCACCCCUCUCCCCGAGCCCCACUCACCCACCCUCCUCCCCAGCAACCUGCCCUCGGCAGGCCCAAUGUCCUUGGGUUUAAUGACGCCUCUUCUCUGUGGAACUCCACGAUUCCUUCCCACGGUCAACUCGGGACCUCCCAGCGACCACUGCUGCCUGCGGACGAGGCCGGGGACUUGGCCGAAUGGAUCCUAAUAAGGGGAAAAUGGUAAAUGCAAACGUCCCUUUACAAUUUUACCGCCAAUGUGCUGUUGUUCUCCCUCCCUCACUCUGAGUCCCCGUGGGGACGCUGUGGGAUCUGUAGAGAGUUUAGGCCGCUGGGUUGGUUGGAAGGCACUUGUUUUUGUUCUGAGUUUAAGGGACCCGACCUUCCCCUUUGGUGAAUGCAGAUUAUUUAAACUCUGGGAAAUGUACCUUUGGUCUGUCGUAUCAAGGCAUAAGUCACUGUGUUUUGUGUGAAUAAAUGGUUUCUAGUAAAAUGGA